AUGGAUUCCGACUCCGGUUAUCCCGCCGGACCACGUCAACCUGGAGCCGGAGGCAAGAUUGUUCGACCACGGCGUCGGUCAGCCGUCGUCAGGACGCCGUACGAGCGCCCCGCACCCAGAUCCCGGGAUCCUCCUGAACAAAACCCUAGUUGGAUCUCCAGGCUCGUUUACAAACCUGCCAGCGUAAUUGCCUCCGGCGCCGGGAAAUUCAUUUCUUCCGUCGUCUUCUCGGAAUCUUCUUCGUCUUCUUCAGAGGACGAGGAUUCAUCUUCAGACAUUGAUGGUGAUGAUGAUGAUGUUGAGAAGAACAUUACCGAUUUUACUGAAGAUGAAACAAUGGACCUUGUGAAUGCCCAGCAAUCAACUAUCCAACGACUCAGUUCUAAGCGUGUAAUUGAGCAGCUUCUCAUGCAAGAAACAUUUGCAAGGGAAGAGGGCGACAGAUUAAUAGAUAUCAUUAAGGCCAGGGUUGUAGAUCAUCCCAGUGUCCCUGCUGCUGAUGAGAGUGAUGUGAAUGUGGGUGAAACCUCCAAUAAAGCUGUCAUGGAAGCGAAAAGAUGGUUCCAGGAGAAGAGAUCAGCAUCAAGUUCAAAGAAUAAAGCAACUGAAGAUGGUGCUGGAUCGCCUGUGGAUGUGGCCAAGUCAUAUAUGCGAGCUCGUCUGCCAUGGGGUUCUCCAGCUGCGAACAGUUCAGAGUUUCGGUCACCAUCACCAGCAGGGAUGCAUCUUCUUAAAGAAGGGACACCGUUUCCUUAUAGCGCUGGAAACUUUUCCUCUUCCAAGCUGAAAAGGAGAUCCCGUUCUAACCAGUCAUGGAAUAUCCACGAUGAACUUCGCAAAGUCAGAGCUAAAGCAACCGAGGAUAUGCUUAAAACUGUAUCCCCCAGUAGUGUAGCCUCGUUGGAACCUAAACGCAUCUCCUCUGUUAGGAAUGAGCAAAGCGGUCAACCAAAUUCAACCUCUGAUCAAGCCGUUGAAGAAACUGGAGUUUUAACUAGAUCUCGUCGAGUUGGUUUGGACGAGACAUUUAUCUCCACACAAGGAAUCAAGCCGUCUGCAGCUACGAAUACGGCCCCUCCAAGUGGAACUGGAGUAAAUGACUCUAAUGAUCAAGAUGACGACUUUAUCCAAACUAGGUCAACUGUUGGAGACACCACAAAUGCUGUCUUGGCUCUUGGGGCAACUUUGGAUCCAACUGGGAACUUUUGUAUCCCAAAAGAUGUGUUUGAAACAUCAAAAGAAGCUGAUGAGAUGGGCGCAACACAUCCUUCUUCUAACGGUUUCAAAUCUUCAUCACCUAGCUCACCAGUGGCAACCAAGGCUUCUCAGCCUAUAGCUGAAACUCCUGGUGAAGAUAUCAUAGCAGGGAAUGGCUCAGAUGGUGUGAUUGAAAACGAAAACAACAACAGCGACUCGAGCGCCUCACAUAACAGUUCAAGCACGCAUGAAGAAGAUUGGCUCCCAGGAGACCAUUCUCUACUAAACUCAAACUCAGCAAGUAGCAGCCCAGGUACUACCAAGGUCUUGGCAUACUCCAGAAGAGGAAGAGGCCGAGGUAGAGGAAGAGGUCGAGGAGCUCGAGGCAAAGGACGAGCCAAGUAA